GCGAACGCACUCCUGAAACUGUCAGGUGAGUUGAAGCAGUAUUCAAAAGAUGUCGCUUUCAGCCAUCAUGUACGAUGCUCCUCUGGAUGUUCGGGAAGUGUCCCGCUGCCUUUCAUUUGCAACCCGUGAUUUUUGUCCGUUUCAACAAAAGCCCAGGGCGUGAUGACGUCAUUGAGGGUUGGACUGGUCUGCUCCACCUGCGAAUGCAAAUCCACACGGCACAUUUGACAACGGAAUGAACGGACUACAGUAUAUGUCACAGCACGUUUAUUUUAUGUGACAUUUCUUCGUUUUUUUACCCUUAGUUAAAACAUUUUUUAUAUUGUGAUAUUUAUUGAAGUGCUAGAAAAGGCUCAUUUGGCUUAUAAAUGCAAUGGACAGUGCUGCGACACUGCUCGGCACUGUAAAUACAAUUAUAUUUUUGUGAAUCGGUACAUGCUGAGAUCGUUCGCAUUCGUUUUCGUUUCCGUUGGUCAACAUCGAAACAUGAGCGCGAGACCGCUGGAGCGAAACGCGACAGUAGAAACGACUCGAUCGCUUUUAUCGUUCUUCGAAGUCAUUUUUCGCCGAAUGAAAGCGGAGAAGAAAGCUUUUAUUGGAUAAAUGGCGAAAUUAGGGCACUUCAUCACCAGAGCAUUACAGUCACCAUCCACAGAGUUCACUGAAGUAAAUUGUUACCUGACAGAGGAUAACAUUGUUGUGGGAUUACAAAACGUUAACAAUCCCUUUCAGGCGUUUUGAAACUGGAAACUGUUAUUUUGGAUAAGUACAUAGCACCUUUUUUUCUUCUGAGGGAUCGUGGUCAUUGGGAUACACGUUGCUGAUGAAGUUCUCCAGAGCGCGGGAAGCUCGCGCAUCGCUGUGUGCAGCAGCGCGUACGUUGAAAGUGGCGGGAAGGACAGUUUGAGCUCCAUACAAUCUGUUGGAAAAAGUGCGCGAAGAUGCCGGUGAGACGGGGCCACGUCGCGCCGCAGAACACUUUCCUGGACACGAUCAUCAGGAAAUUCGAAAGUCAAAGUCGAAAAUUCAUCAUAGCCAAUGCACGGGUGGAGAACUGCGCCAUCAUCUUCUGCAAUGAUGGCUUCUGUCACAUGUGCGGCUACACGCGUGCUGAGAUCAUGCAGAAGCCGUGCACCUGCAACUUCCUGUAUGGUCCACACACCAAGAGACUGGCCAUUGCACAGAUGGCGCAAGCGCUGCUGGGGUCGGAAGAGAGGAAGGUGGAGAUUGCGCUCUACAGGAAGGACGGUGCGUGUUUCCUGAGUUUAGUGGACGUGGUGCCGGUAAAGAAUGAAGAUGGCAUCGUGAUCAUGUUUAUUCUGAAUUUUGAAGUCAUGCCAGAUGAGAGACUCCAUGACACGCAAAAUUUGAACCACAAGUUGCCCCUCCUACGGCGCCAUUCAAAUCGAGCUGGCGGGAUCCGUUUACGCCUGCCUCUCCUGAACUCUCGGAACAACAGUAAAUCUUCUCUCCGGGACGAUCCUGAGGUGGGCCGCGGAACAGAUUUCCCCUCAAAUUCACGCCUGGAAAGCCACGAAUCUCUUACCCUGGACGAGCUGCUCUCCAUCCCUGAGUCUCGCCCUACCACCACCACCACCACCUCCAUCGUUUGCACACCGUCCUCUCUGCUGCCUGAGUAUCAACGCGACUUCCUGGGCAGCGACCCCUCGUCUCCGCCCCCUGCACAGCCCCACCCCACCACCCUGCCCUUGGUUCACUCCUCCCCACGGCCGCAGCGGCUCAACCCGGAUGCCACGGUGUCCAACUGCAGCUUGACGAAUAGUCGCUCGCGCGAGAGCUUUCACAGCAUGCGUCGUGCGUCUUCAGUGGACGAUAUCGAGGCCAUGCGGCCCGAAUGGGACCGCAAGUACCGGACACACCCCACCAGCUGCAGCACAGGUGCCAUGAACAACAAGUCGAGCAUCCUGAACUCUACCUCUGAUUCCGAUCUCAUGCGUUACCGCGCCAUUAGUAAAAUCCCCCAGAUCACCCUCAACUUUGUGGACUUUAAAGCGGAUCCUCUCCUCGCACUCCCGCCUGGAGAAAUGGACAUCAUCGCGCCAUGCAAACUCAUCGACCGCACGCACAACGUCACUGAGAAAGUCACUCAGGUGUUGUCGCUGGGCGCUGAUGUUCUCCCCGAGUAUAAACUCCAGGCUCCGCGCAUUCACAAGUGGACGGUUCUGCACUACAGCCCGUUUAAAGCCGUCUGGGAUUGGCUGAUCCUGCUGCUGGUCAUCUACACGGCCAUUCUGACGCCGUACUCCGCCGCGUUCCUGCUCAAUGACCAAGAGGUCAACAAGAACUGCAUUUACUCCUGCAGCCCGCUCAACGUGGUCGACCUCAUCGUGGACAUCAUGUUCAUCAUCGACAUCGUCAUAAACUUCCGCACCACAUACGUCAACGCCAACGACGAGGUGGUGAGUCACCCGCUGCGGAUCGCCGUGCAUUACUUCAAAGGCUGGUUCCUCAUCGACAUGGUCGCCGCCAUCCCCUUUGACCUGCUCAUAUAUCGCAACGGGGAGGAGGUGAGUGCUGAGACGACCACCCUCAUCGGUCUGCUCAAGACGGCACGUCUGUUACGUCUCGUCCGGGUGGCACGUAAACUGGACCGUUACUCGGAGUACGGCGCGGCCGUUCUCUUCCUGCUCAUGUGCACCUUCGCGCUGAUCGCUCAUUGGCUGGCCUGCAUCUGGUACGCCAUCGGAGACGCGGAGCGCAAAAGUUCCAUUGGCUGGCUGCACUCGCUGGGCGAUCAGCUGGGGAAACAUUAUAACUCCAGUAUCCAGGGAUCAGGACCCUCCAUUAAGGAUAAAUACGUGACGGCUUUAUACUUCACCUUCAGCAGUUUAACAAGUGUGGGGUUUGGAAACGUGUCGCCAAACACCAACUCGGAAAAGAUCUUCUCCAUCUGUGUCAUGCUGAUAGGAUCUCUCAUGUACGCCAGUAUCUUCGGGAACGUGUCGGCCAUCAUCCAGCGGCUGUACUCCGGGACGGCCCGUUAUCACACUCAGAUGCUCCGUGUGAGAGAGUUCAUCCGCUUUCAUCAGAUUCCAAACCCGCUGCGGCAAAGACUGGAGGAAUAUUUCCAACACGCAUGGUCUUACACCAACGGCAUUGACAUGAACGCUGUGUUGAAAGGUUUCCCGGAGUGUCUCCAGGCCGAUAUCUGUCUGCAUCUGAACCGAACGCUCCUGCAGAACUGUAAAGCGUUUAAGGGUUCCAGUAAAGGGUGUUUGCGGGCGCUGGCUAUGAAGUUUAAGACCACACAUGCCCCACCGGGCGACACGCUGGUGCACGCUGGAGACGUCCUCACCGCACUGUACUUCAUCUCGCGUGGAUCCAUCGAGAUCUUACGAGGAGAUGUCGUGGUGGCAAUCUUAGGAAAAAAUGAUAUUUUCGGCGAGCCCAUCAACCUGUACGCGCGGCCGGGGAAAUCGAAUGCUGAUGUGAGAGCGCUGACGUACUGUGAUCUCCAUAAGAUCAACAGAGAAGAUGUUCUGGAGGUGCUGGACAUGUACCCGGAGUUCUCCGACUACUUCUGGAGUAACCUGGAAAUCACCUUUAACCUCAGAGAUACGAACAUGAUUCCUGGAUCUCCGAGCAGUGAUGAUUCAGACUGUGUUGGCUUUAACAAACUGCGGAGGCGAAAACUCUCGUUCCGACGACGGACAGAAAAGGACGAUGCAGAUGCUGGAGAACUCAAGAAGAAUCUGAAGCCCGUCCGGAGAAACAGAAAACAAGCUGCCAGUAACAAGGACGAACUCAAACCGGGGUGGGAGGAGCCUCGGAAUUCUGUCUCCUCUCACUCUAGUGGUGGUGAUGAGGAGGAGGAGCCUGUGCACAUUAACCCCGCCCCUCCAACCACACUCAUGGAGUCCUUUCAAGUACAGAGCACUUCUAUUAACUUUAAUGAUAUGACCGAAGGCGAGGGCGAUCCGAAAACAGGCAACACCUGUAACGCCCUAUCAGGUGCAUUCUCAGGUGUGUCUAAUAUCUUCAGUUUUUGGGGUGACAGUCGGGGGAGGCAGUAUCAAGAACUGCCCCGCUGUAACCUGCCCUCCAUGCCGCCGCAUCUCAGCACCCUGCACAGCAUCACACGCCAGCAGCGCAACCAGAUGGAGAACCGGCUGGAGCUGCUGCAGAAACAACUCAACAGACUGGAGAGUCGCAUGUCGACAGAUAUCGGCGUGAUCAUGCAGCUCCUGCAGCGGCAGAUCACGUUGGUUCCACCGGCGUACAGCACCGUCUCCUCACCGCCGCAGGCGUCCAUGUACUCCGAGAGACUCGUACAACCCGUCACACCGCAGGAGUCUGACACACUCGCCUCUCUUUCACAGUCCUGUGAGUCUCUCGGCAGCACCACAGAGUUUCAUCCUCCUGACAGUCCGAGCGUCAUUCCCCGCCCGGGAUACUCCGGUCCUGGCGCUCGAUCAGAGCGUGAGCUGGACCUUCAGCGGCGGUUCUCACUACAGGAGCCCCAGACAUCACUAGACACACGGACGCCACAGAAACACGGCUCGGACCCGGGGAGCUAAGAGAGAAGAUGACAAGACGAGAGGAGAACAAACGAGCGUUCCUAAAACACAUCUCACCGGACUCUUCCUCUCGGUUCUGGUUCUGGUGUUAGAAACACACUCACUCUAACAUCCCUCCAGAUGAGCCACAUUUGAUCAUGAUAGACACGUCUACACUGCUGUUGUCCAGUUUUGGAUAUUCAUAAACAUGAAUGAUUGCUAAUUCAAGUAGCCAUUAUUUCUUGCACUGAAUUUUCCAGACUCUCUCUCUCUCUCUCUCUCUCUCUAUUGAUAUCUUAAAGUCUGCGGCGCUUCCAAAACAAAGAACUGGUUGAACGUGUUAGUGUUAGCUGGCCUAACAGAAGAAAAUAACAAUAAUAACCUCACGCCCCGCCCCAAGCACACUGGAUUGGCUGGAUGGCAGGUUCGGGGGCGUGUUUAAAGCUAUGACAUCAUUGAUGAAGCAUAUCAAAUUCAUUUGUUCUGACACUGGAUCGUCUAUUAAGAUGAACAAUAUGCAAACCCAAGCGAGAGUUGAGAGUUCGAUUGAAUGCACGUGUCACAUCCUGCUUGGUUUUGUUUGGUGUGUUCACAGAACGUUUGUUUUUCACAUUUUCCAUUUAGCAAUACAGAAUCCUUUAAAUUACAACCAAUGAUGGAACCAAAAAUUGGAGGGAACAAAUGUUAAUGUUUAUAUUUGUCAUAUUUGCAUGUAAAAAUCCAUAUUAAUCCACCGACACCCCCCUCAAUGUCCUGUAAUUAACACACAUAUCAUUUAAUUUAAACAAUUCAUCACGCCUUGGUUCCAGAUGCAACCUCAACAAUUCUCAAGUUUCAUUUUAUUUCUCCAAUGACGUGUGGACCGAAACAAAAACAGCGAGACAUUUUAACGAAACUACAAUAAGCUAUUAAGCAUGUAAUAAUAAACAAACUCUUUUGAUAUCGAUCUUUUAUUUUAUUAUAAAGCAUUCUUGAAAGACAUUUUUGCAUGAAAACUUGAUCGUUUGAGCUCACUGUCCAUAAGCGUUGAUCCCUGAGCACAGCAGAUUGCGUCAUUCUGCCGUUCGGUUUCAAUUUUGAGGUGUUGAUACCAAAUAUCUUCUAAUAAUUUUAAUUAAACUGGUAAAAACGAAAUGUCAGGAUGGUUGCAUUCACCAAGUCUAAUCCAGCAUUUGUAUCUGUGUGUGUGAUGUCAUUUCAAAAUCAACACUUUGUUUAAUUACAAUAUUUCCAUCCACUUUGAUGACUGCAGAAGUUUGCACAUAUUUAUUAAUAGCAUAUUAUUAUUGUCAUUAUGUCAGAUGAAAGUGUCUCCAUAUCAUAGUUAUUGUGCAUUUUAUGUGUAAGCUGAAGACCUUGAAACCUGGAGCUGGAUUCACGAAAAAAAAAUUUUUUAUUUCUAUUUGCUUUAAGAAAAUAGAGAAUAAUAUUUUGUAUUUCCUAAAAAGAUUUCUUAAAGGGAUAGUUUACCCAAAAAUUUAAAUCCUCUCAUCAUUUGCUCACCCUCAUUACAUAGCAGAAAUGGUGACCUGAACUUUGAAGGUCCAAAAAGCACAUAAUGGCAGCAUAAAAGUAACCCAUAUGACUCCAGUGGUUUAACCCGUGUCUUCUGAAGCGAUCGAAACGCUUUGGGUUCUAUAUUUUAUGAUAAAUCUCCACUUUCACUUUCACAUUCCCCACAUUCUGGAAGUGAAAGUUAAAGUGGAGAUUUAUACUAAAAAAGGACGUAAAUAUUAAUCUGUUUCUCAACCGCGUCUAUCAUAUCACUUCUUAAAACAUGAAUUAAACGACUGGAGUCGUAUGUAUUAAUUUUGUGAUGCAUUUAUGUGCUUUUGGAGCUUCAAAGUUCAUUACAGAGCUGAGAUAUUCUUCUAAACAUCUUCGUAUGUGUUCAGCAGAUUUGAAAUUAAAUAAAAAUGUUAAGAUGUGUACAACUUUCUUUCUUCUGCUAAACACAAUGAAGAUUUUUAGAAGAAUAUUUCAGCUCUGUAGGUCCUUUUUAUGCAAGUGAAUGGUGACCAGAACUUUGAAGGUCCAAUAAGUACAUAAAGGCAGUGUAAAAGUAACCCAUACGACUCCAGUGGUUUAACCCGUGUCUUCUGAAGCGAUCGAAGCACUUUGGGUUCUAUAUUUAAAUCCUUUUUUUAUGAUAAAUCUCCACUUUCAUAGUCCCCUCUUCUGGAAGUGAAAGUUAAAGUGGAGAUUUAUACUAAAAAAGGACGUAAAUAUUCAUCUGUUUCUCAACCGCAUCUAUCAUAUCACUUCUUAAAACAUGGAUUAAACCACUGGAGUCGUAUGUAUUACUUUUGUGAUGCAUUUAUGUGCUUUUUGGAAUGUGAAAGUGAAAAUGGAGAUUUAUAGUAAAAAGGACUUAAAUGUUAAUCUGUUUCUUACCCACAGCUAUCAUAUUUCUUCUGAAGACAUGGAUUAAACCACUGGAGUCUUAUGUAUUACUUUUAUGCUGCCUUUAUGUCCUUUUUGGAGCUUUAAAGAUCUGGUCACCAUUUACUUGCAUUGUAUGGACCAACAGAGCUGAGAAAUUCUUCUAAAAAUCUUCAUUUGUGUUCAGCAGAAGACAGAAAGAAAGAAAGUCACACAUCUGGGAUGGCAUGAGAGCAAUAAUAUGAUAAUUAACAUUUUUAAGUGAACUAUCCCUUUAAGAAUGAUCUUAUUAAAGCUCUUAAAUAUUCUUGAUUUUAAAAUUAAAAUAAUUUUUAGCUUUGUGUGAAUCCAGCCACUGGUUCAAAUACUGUUUAUAUAUUUUCAAAUAUAAUGCACCAUUUUUUCAUUCUUAUUAUUCUCAAUGCUUAUUUUCAUUACUGUAAUAAUAUUGUAAUAUUUUAUGACUGUAUCUGGAUAGAUUGGAUCAAAUCAGCGGUGAAAAGAUCGUUAGAAAGUGUUUCUCAUGUUUAAUGAUUUAGAUCUUUAGAUUCAACCCGGAAAGGAAGCGUCUUAGUUUGGGGUUUUCAAUACCAUGUUUAUAAAGUUGUUGGAUCAAAGUCCAUUUAUGUUUAUUUUAUUUAAGAAAAAGUCACAUGAUUAUGAAUUGUAUGCAGAUAAUAAGGUUUUAUUUCCACAUAUUUAUCUGAUAAUUCAUCGCACUGAAAUGUUGUUUUGUGUGUCUGUGUCGUCCUGCAGUCCGCCUGAAGUAUGUACUUCCCUCGAGUACUAUGUCUGGUGCACUUUACACACUCUCUCUGCACACUAGAAAGGACGUCUCUCAUGUCUAUAUACAGGGAUUUAAAGCCAAGGGCAUUUACGCUGACGAUUGGAAAUGCUGAUGAUAUAAAUCAGGUCAAACACAGCCAAUAAAUCUGCUGUUAGAGGGAAAGUUCACCCAAAACUGUAUGAAAAUGAGCAGCGUGAACAUUUUAAUUUUGUGCUCCUUGAAGAAAAGAGCAUCAAACGGGUUUGGAACCACACGAGGGUGAGUAAGUGAUGACAUCAUUUCAAUUUUUGGGUGAACUAUACCUUUAAGGUUUCAUUCAAAAACCUUAAAAAAAAAACACAUGUUGCUCUGUAGGACGGCCUGUACAUGUAUAAAAUGGUUCAACCUUCUAUGUUUUAAUUUAUUUGAUGAAUUACUUUACACUGGAUUGCUUUAGUUUUGAGUUUAUGUCUCCUUCCCAGUUUGCCUGUACAUAAAGUCUUGUAAAGAAAUGAGUUCUUGGCAGCCCUAUAGCGACACUAUGCAGAAACGCAUUUUCUUGGCAUGCUUUGAAAUGCAGAAAAAAGAAAAUACUGUAGAGGAAAACGAAAUAUGUCUGAUUUAAUCUUUUUUAAGAAACGUGAAUAACUCUGUUAAUAAUAUGAAUUAUAAUAUUUACAUAUAAUGAUAAUAAUAAAUACACGUUUUAUCUGCAUGCUGCACUGAGAAUAUUCUGCAGUGACGGGCGUGCGGCCUCCGCGCUGCAGCUGCACUACAGAAUGUGUCGACUGAAGCACUGUACUUCCGGUUCACCCGAGGCGUGAUUUCAUGUUCUUCCGGGUUUGGGAGAAGGAACGCUACUGUACAUGACGGAUGUUUGGAAUCAUACGUGUUUUAAUGGCCUGAUGAUUUAAGAGUGACUUAUUACAGACGUCAGAAAGUUCACUUCCAGGUCUUGAUUGUGUGCUACAUUAUAA